AUGUCGAUCGUACUGUCGACCGACCUCCUCCAGGCCGGACACGGUCAGGCUCCGGUAUGGGAGGAACCGAAUCGCAGCCCUGACGGAAUAGUCGACGACCGCGUGCACUCGCUUCAUCGACCGUCGGAGCAGUACUCAGAACCUGUAACUGAGAGUUCACUGGACACGGAAUCGAUGAGCAGCUGUAGCAACGCCUCUCAUUCAAGCGACUCUGUCGACUCCUGUUCCGAAGAGACUGUCGUCGACUACCUCUGCGAUCUAUUAACGAACUCCGACGUGAAAUACUCCGCGAGAUUAGCCGAGUGCUUCCGGUACGCGGACCCCAUGCCGCCGAUCAGUAAGCGAUCGUUGGCCGAGCUGGAAAUCAGCGCGAUCCGCGACAACGCCAAGUUACGACACGACAUCAACUUCGACCGCGAGCUCUUUUUCCGCCCCAAUCUCGACGGCACCCGCGGCCUCGCGAAGCUGCGGGCCGCCGAGGAAUACUGGCACGCCCUGGCGGCCGAGCUCGAACUUUACGCACUGGUGUAUCAGAGAGAUUGGCCGGGCCCGUCGCUGCGAUCCCACGAUGGCGCGGUCAUCGAAACGGCGGUGCAGAGACGGAUCCCGGAGCUGUUGACCACGAUCCGUGACAUCCUCGAGGUGCUGAUCCCGUCGCGGUCGGCCCUGUUCAAGGAACAGCUGGACGUAUCGAUGUUCAUGCAGAUGGUCAAGAACGGGGUCUGCGAUAUUGUGAAAGUCGUGCAAUGGCUCUCCCUGGUGCUGAAGGAGCAUUGUGCCCCUAUUCGAGAUGAAUGGGUGGACAACAUGGUGGAGAAGAUUCACGAGGGAGUCACCGUGGCGAAUUGGAGGUUGACCGUCAGUGGACUACGCGAUCUCCUCGGCAUACUGGAAGCCAUGAAGCUGGACGUCGCCAACCAUCAAAUCCAGUACCUGAGACCCAAGCUCAUCGAAGACACCGUAGCCUUCGAACAAAGCUACUACCAAACCAACGCCUUCCAACCCUCCCCCUCCCGCCAAUGGUUCCUCUCCUACUGGCACCAACACAUCCACCCCACCCCCCAGCCCACCUGCACCACCCCCUGCACCACCCAAACCUUCGCCCACGCCCUCACCCACCUCCUCCUCACCCCCGCCCUCCCCCUCCCCCCCACCUUCCACCGCGACUAUCCCCGCCUCCUCGCCCUUCGCGCCACCCUCUCCUCCCUCCUCCACCUCGCCACCAGCCUCCGCACCGCCGCCACCCUCCUAUCCCGCCCCCUCCCUCCGUCCCUCCGCCAGCGCCUCCUCGCCGACCUCACCGCCAUCGUUCCCUCCGGCCCUUGGCGCCCCAACAUCCACCACGUCGCCGCCCAAAUCGCCCGCGUGGUGCACCCCCUCCUCCCCGACCCCCUAUCCAUCACCCCUGCCGCCCUCCACGACGCCGCCCACGCCUCCCUUGACGCCGCCUGGUCCCACCUCUCCCACACCCCCGAACUCCACGCUAUCACCUCCUUCCUCACCACCCGCACCCUCGCCGCCCUCACCACCUUCGCCACGGCCUCCCUACUCGACGUCCACUCCGCGUUCGUCGCCCGCCCGCCGAGCAGCACCGUCCCGCCGAACGACCCGCCCCUCCCCGCGUGCGUCGAGCCGUUGUAUGAUGGCCUCGUGGACGUGGCGAGGCGGGUCGCGCCGUUGGCGGUGUUGCACUGGCGGGUGUGGGGUCCGUUGGUGUAUGUGGUUGAGGGGGCGGUUCCGAGCUCCGAUGCGCUGGUUCGGGGGGUUCCAUCGGCCCCGGCGAGGGAAUCUCAUCAUGUGCGGCCGGUGGCGCCGACGACGGCGUUUCCUGCGGGAUCGGUAACGGCGUCCCUGCGAGUGGGGGAGAGGACGGUAGGGGAGCAGAGUGGACGGCAGGUGGCGUUAUAGUGCAUGGAAUUUCGCUGGAGUGGUGUCAGUGUCCCAUCCAUCACCUUUCUGUAUGGACUUUCUUUGUGCCGCAUUGCGGAUCCAGAAGCGUUGCGUUCAGGCCGAGCUUCUGUCAUCCUCGUGAUUGAAGCGCCGGACAUGAUUUAUUUACGGCG